GAGUCGGUGCAGAGAAACCGUAUGUCCAUCGACGCUUACGCUUCUAUUAGGUAUCAGACGUGUUCUUCGGAAUUAAUUGGUUUUCCUGUGUGCAUUGUUUUUGUGGAAACAUUUGAAAAAGCUUAAUAAAGCUUUGUAUAAUGAUAAAUCUCUUCUCUUAAAAAAGAAGUUCUAAGAAGUUAUAAAUUUUUCGUUAAAGAUGGCUUUAGGUCCUCAUUGUAAGACUUUGGGAAUCGAUGAAGAGGUCCUUAAUGGACAAAAAUCUUUGACUUGUGAAAUAAAAAGUCUCACAAAUGGCAUAAUGUUUGAAUUGAAAAAGUACAAGACUUCCAAGAGAUUAACUAUGAAAGAUGUUGUUGAUUGGCUGAUAAAAAUUUUUGAAGCAAAGUGUGAGAAUACUGAAACAGUUCAGGAAAAGUUAAAUGAGAAAAUAGAGAGCUUUUUGAACAUGAGAAAUACACUUAUGAAAGCACCAAAUAAAUACCGUGGAGAAAUGGAGAGAUUGAUGAACUGGCCAUUUGAUUUGCCACCUGAAAUGGGUAUAGAUCCUCCUGCAGUGUUUGAGCCUGUUGUUAGUGCAAAUUUAGGCCCAAAGCUUUUAAAAGUGCUGAAAGAAAAAGGUGGAGAUGAUGAUGAUUCUAUUGAUAUGUCUGGACCAUCUGAUGAUGAUGAUGAACAAAUAAAAAAGAAGAAAGCCAGAGAAGAAAUCAUUCAAUUAAAAAAAGAUUUAGGAGCAGUUAAAAAAGUAAUAACUUCUUUGAAUGACAGAAUGGUAGAUUUGAAUAAGCAAUGCCAAGUAUUGAAUGAUUUUAGUAAAACAAGUGUCUCUGAAAGACGUCGUAUAGAAAAUGAUGUUACAAAAUUGAAAAAUGAAUGGUGUAGUGUAAUGUCUACAUGGCAUGAUUGUAUGGAACGCUUAAACCAUGUUAAUAGCAAUAAAGGUAACUAUUUGGAUGUUGGUUAUAUGGUGCGAAGAAACAAGACCAAGCAAGGUAUAUUUGAUGAACUUAAUUUUGAAUUUGAAAAAACUUUAGAAGAGUUCAAACACAAAGUAGUCACCUUGAUUGAGAAAGAGAGGCGCAAGAAAAAAGUCGUGUCUCGAGAAUAUAGGCAGAAAAGCAAAACUGACCGGAAGCGUGUCAGACAAGAAAGUGAUGAAAAUGAAGAAAGUAAGAAACAGUGCUUGUCUGAAGAAGUAACGAAGUCGGUGCCACCUUUGUCGCCAACAAUAACAAAUAUGGGUGUUGAUGAAUUUAUGAAGUCUGAAAAAAUUGAUGAAUUCAAAGGGGGAAAGUUUAUAAAUGCAUUGAAGGCAAUUUAUUUAGAAUUAACAUCAAUGCCUUUGACUUGCAAUAAUGUUCAUGAAAUUCUUUUUACUGUUUUGGAUGAACUGGAACCAUUGAAUACAGAUAAAAUACCUACUCAAUCAUUUGCUGGAGCUAUAUUUAUGGAAGCCCGUAUGGCUGUUGCUCUUCAAGCAUUUUUAGAUGUUCUUAACAUGCGUAAAGCUUCAAUUUGUAAUGACAGCACAGUAAAAUUCGCAUGGGAAAACACUGAUUAUGAUGUUACUUUAGGUGAUGAGACUCAUAUCAAGUUAGGAGUUAGAGAUAUUUCGAAGGGUAGUCCUGAUUCCUCAUUAAACUCCUUGAAAGAUAUUUUUCAGGACAUAAUUAAUUUUAAAACAAGCGGUACUGAUGGUUCAGCUCAAGGCAAAUUGAUGAAAGUUAUUGAGGCUUUUGCUUAUCCUCGAAAUUUUUUGGAUAAGAAGCUAGUUGAAAUCCUCUUCUCAUACAAGCAACAAGUGUUGCCUACAUUGUCUGAAACAUUUAGUGAACUGCACGAUAAUUUGAAAACUAAAGUUACAUUGAUGAAUAAUUUUUACACUGGGCUGUACUUUCUAUAUGGCUUAGCAAAAAUAGCUGAUGUAACGGUUCUGGCUUGGGAAAGUGUCUGUAUUGGUGGUACCAAUUUGGAUUUUUCAAAAAAUGGAAUUGCACAGCUUUUUAGUAAAACAGUUCAAGAUAUAUUUACUUUUUGUGAGAAAUUAGAUGCAGAAAAUCAAGAUGAUUUAAGUUUGGAAUUCAAAGAUUUCAUCAAAAAGGAAAAGAAAUUAGAAAGUGUUCCUUUAGCUCCUCAUAAAGGCAAUAUUUUUAAUGUUAUUUUCCAUAAUACUGCAGGUAUUUGGUUCUACCAUGAAAUUGGCUUGUUAAAUGAGUUCUCUGAAAAAGUGAAAGAAAAAGAAGAUAUUACCAACUCGUUGUCAGAGUUAUUGAAUGAAAAGCAUAGUUAUGCUUUAGCAAGAGCUUUAGGCUUGCUUGGCAAGUUAGUUGCAGUACCUUUCUGGACUGUAUUAGAAGAUGACAAAGUUGAAGUUGGUCUUAGAUAUACAACCUUAUUGCAAAACUUUGAAAAAUGGGCGAAAGAUUCUUCAAAAUUUAUGAAAGGACAAGAACGAUUGUUUGAAGAUGUGCCUGUGUCUCAUGAUGCAGUUUAUGUUAGUUUGAUAAAGGACAAUGAAUCUACUGAUGCUUUUACAAAAGAACUUCUGGAGUUACUUUUUACAGCUUUUAUGCGUUAUGCCAAGUACUUUUUGUAUGGGGCUUCAAAUUUUGAGAAAAUGAAUGGCGAAUCUGGAAUGGAUGUUGAUGAAGACAAUAAAGUAAUUAAAUUGCUUCAUGAAGAUUUUAAACUUUUUGAUCAAAUAACGAUGAGUAUGCAUUUUGCAACUCAAUUUGCAUCAGAAGCACUUACUUUCUGUAACAAUACUCGAAAUGGAGAAUGGAAAGAUAAUUUAUUUGGCAAAGACAAUGCAAAGAUUUCUGGUAAUUAUGAAUUAGUAAAAGAUUUGGUUGGAAAGGACUGUAGCAAGCAGUUGAAGGAUUUAUAUAAGAGAAAAAUUAAAUUGACUGAAAUGGAACAAGCUAAACCUUACAAUCAACAAGAGCGCAGUAAUCAACUUGAAAAGAAAUAUAAAUUGAUUGAUGAUCUCAUCAAAUGGGGUGGAUUAUGGAAAAGUGAAAAGGAAAUUGAUGCUCAGAUAAAAAAUAUGCCAGAAAGUGAUCAACUCAAUGCAUUUAAAGCACAAAUAAGAUUCCGGCGACAUGUAUUGGGUGAAGAGCACAGUCAAGGUUUGCUAGAUUUGGCUUCUGAAGGUGAAUGCUUCAAUGCUCACAAACUUUAUGAAAAUUUGAAGACCAUAUUAAAGAAAGAAUGUGAGGUAACUGAAACUAACGUUUUUGAACUAGCAUCAGCUGCUAAAAACAAAAAUAAGAGAGAUGAAAUAUAUAAUUCGCUUACUCAUACAGAAGAAUUGAAGCCCGUUGCAGAUUACUCUCCAAGUGCUGUGCCAAAAGAAAACUUCCAUUGGCUUCUUGGUAAACUUGUAAGUCAUACUAUUGCAUCUGAGCAAACAAGAGAAAACUUAACAGGUGUAUGCAUUGCAAGGAAGAAGUUAAAUGGAGCCUAUUCAUAUUUCAUCCGUUACAAAGGAAAAGGUGUUUUCAACAUUCCUGAAAGUAGAAUUGCUGAAGAUUAUAAAAAUAAACUUUUAAAAAUUGUUGACCCAUCUCCUAAUGAUUUGAUUGGUUCUGAGCUUAGUCGUGCUUUCAUUAAAGAUGAUGGAGAUUUAGAAUGGCAUGAUUGCAAAGUCGUUGGAGUGGACAAAAAUGGUUGUGACUUUGUCAUAGAAUUUGAAUUAUGUCUUGUUGAUGAAUCUGUUGCUGAAGAAUACAAUAUUCCUGAAAUAGAAACGCUCACUUACACAUCUCGCUUGUUGGAUGACUAUCGCAAUCAUCAUCUUCGAUUACUGUAAUUCCUUAACUUUCAUAUUGGGGAGUUAAGUGCCUAAUAACAUACCUUCCAUAUGAGUGACAGUUGAUCCUUGUGUAAAAAGCAUUUUCAUUUUGCUUUUAAGUUUUUACAGCAAUGUACAGUUUCUUGCAAUUUUAUUAUACAUCAUCAUGCCUAUUUCUAGGUGUUCACCAACAGAUGGCAUCUUUAUACAUUUCAUUGCAUAUUUUGUAUAUGCACAAUUUUAAUCCUGAUUUUAAAAUUUUGCUCUGAAUUUUAAGACAUUUGAGGUGACAUGUUUUUAUGCAAAUGGUUUCAUUGUCAUUCCUGUAUCAUAAAAUUUUCCUGCCAUUCAAUUGUUAUUCAGUUAUGAGCAUCAUCUGGAGCUAUUGUAGAGGUAAUUUAAAAUUUGAUGUUUCCUUUUGUUCAACGAUUAAAUUUAAUCUGCAAAUUCUUUUGACUUUAAAUGUUUUCAUCUUAUAAGUAAAUUUCUACUAGUGCUUUUAGUUCUUAUGUAUUGAUCACUGCACGUAUAUUUCUUUUACCAAAGCAUGAUACAUAAUUACAUAACCAAAAAAAUACUUUCAGCUCAAAUUUUGGGAGGUGUUUAAUUUUGGACCACUUAAAUGGUUAGAACUUCUUAAGCUCUAAAUUAAAUCUCAUAGCAAGAUUUUGUUAGUUAAUUGGCUGCUUUUUGAACCAAUUUUCUUAUUUGUUGUUAGGCUAAAGUCAUUUGAGUAAAGAGCAUAAAUUUGCUUGAGAUAUAUGUUCUGUAUUUCUUAUUCACUUGAUUUCAUGUGACUCUAGAAAUACUUUUCAUGUUAAUUAUUGUUAUAAAUUAAAUUUUUAUAAAAUAUUGUUACUUACAAAAAUUUUAAUGCAUUGGAUAUUAUUGCUGGAUUUAUUAUUUUUAUUUCAAACUUUAUGUAAUGGGAAUUUUGGAAUGACUACUCUGGUUGAGCAGUCCCAGGUAUUUCAAAUGCGCGAGAUAUCUUUCCAAGAACUGCAAGGAGGUAAGGGAUUAAAAAAGAGUAGGGGUGUGCAAAUGCACAGAAUUUUCUGCAGAGGGUCUGCAAAAAUUAAAUUUAAUGGGGAAUCAGAAAAGGGGUGAUUGUGUAUGAAAAAUUUAAGAUGUGAAUUGUCCAGCACUGAAAGAAAAAAACAACAUAGAUUUAAGUUUUUCCUUCUCAAGUUGAAAAAUUUUUCUGAGCAACUAUUUUGGGUAUAUAUAUAUGAACUCUUUCUGUCAUGUACGAUUUAUUUAUUUAUUUAUUUUUUUUAAAUUUUUCUUACAUUUUUUUUUUCUGGAAAUUUUUAUUAUGUUCAGAUCACUUUAUAUUGCUCAGAAUUAAGCCUAGGUUUGUAAAUGAUGAAAUGAUAUGCAGAGGCUGUAGUAAAACUAAUGGAUAAAAAAUUUUAUGUAUCAGUGGCAUAAUCAGGGGGUGAAGGGGGCACAGGGUUUGUGAUCACCCCAGAAUGUUGAGUUGAAUGUUUUUCAAAAAUAUUCUUCAUUAUUAAAGAGAAGAAAAAUGCAACAAACCAAAGUUUUUAAUAAGAAAAAAUAAAUAAUGUUGGGGGGGAGGGGAAACUUAAAAUUAUUUUUUAAAGAAAACUUUAAAUUAAAAGUAGUCAAUAGUUGCUGGUUAUUGGUCAGUUGAUUAUGUCCAACCUUUCUUACUUCUUUCAUGAGAAUCUCCAAUCUUGUUUCCAGGGUUCAAAUUCAAAAAUAUUCUAGCUUAGAGCCUCCGAACACUUCAUGCUCUAGAAGCAUCAAAAAUAGUUUAGAUUGUGUUUUUGGAGCUUCAAUUUCCAAAAAUUGCUGAUUCCCUAACGUUACCAAAUAUGGCAACUUUAAUUUUCAAAAGAUUGAGUAAAAGUAGUUGAUACAAUGCAAAUUUUAUCGGAAAAUAACAAAAAAAAAUGCCCAUUUAUAUUUAAAAGCAUUGAACCUUUCAAAGGUGAGGGAGUGGGGGGGGAGGCAAGGUAAUUGCCGCCCUAAAUGACGAGAUUUCCUAACAUUGGAGACUAGAACUGUAGGGCUAUAAUCUCGACAAUUUUUUGAAGGAACCCCCCCCCCUCCCCAAAAAAAAAAAACUUUUCUGAUUGCGCCACUGUUAUGUGUGCAUAAAUACCUAGCGAAUUUACUGCAUCUUAGUUAUGGUUUUGUUACGAAUAAUUUUGUUACAAGUGAUAAAUUGCUUUCAUAUUUUAGUUGACUUGUCAUUUAAAAAGAUGUUGACCUCGCUUCAACUUUGACAAGUUUUUUUUUAAUGAAGUUUUGCAUAUUUUAUGUUUUAUUAAAGAAAAAGCAUAUGCAUAAUAGCAAUCACAUUGUAUAGUCAAUUCAUUUCUUGAGCCAUGAUUUUUCAAUGAAUAGGGAAAAUAAGAAGUUAAUUUCUAGACUAGAAGUUAUUUUCUAGACUAGUUGCAUGUAAUAGAAAAUUUUGUCUUGCUGUAAUUUCUAAAUGAAGUUAGUAUAUCCAAAAGAAAAAAAAGAAGAGGUUUUAUUUUGAAAUAUCAUUGUCAUUCUCUUAAUAUUUUACUAAGCAGUAUUUAUUUUAAGAAGGUCUUUGAAAUGAGCUUGUGUAAUUAUCUAUUUAUAAAACUUAAACAUAGUUUCAUACAGAUUAAACUUUCAUUAAAAUCUGUCUCAUGUAGGCAUGCCAAUGUUGAUUUUGAAUUGCUUUUUCCCCCGAUCAGUUGUACUCAUUUGCAAAUACUUUACAAGAAGUAUGACUUUUGACCUUAAUAAAUUAAUCUGUGAUUGAUUGAUCUUUGCUAGUCAUCUUGCUUCACUUCUCUAAAGAGAACAUUUAAUAAGUUCCUUCAAGUCAUACAAUUAUUUGUUCAGUUUAACUAAGUUUUUUUUUUCAUAUACAUUUCACGUUAAAAUGAUUGUUUUCUUUUACCUUUUACAAUUUAUUCAAAUUCUCUUCUGUUAUAAUGUUUUAUAAAUAAUUAAGUUUUUCAUUUUUCGAAUUUCAUUUGUUAAUGAACGCUGUAGAUUGAAGUUUAUCUUAACUAAAUAAUUAGAUUGAAGUUUAUCUUAACUAAAUACUUAGUUAAUGGAUUGUACCAUAUUCUUGGAGAAACAAAUGGACUAAUGUACAGAGAAAGAAUGCAGUCCAAAUUAGAUGCAAAAAUAAUUUAACAGUUUUGCAUCUUUUUUUUUUCUCUAUCUGCAUAAAACUAUCUAUGCCAACGCAUUAAGUUACCUGUAUUUUCAUUGAAUGAUGUAUUGCUGUAUAGAAUACAUAUUUUUCAUGUGUAUUUUUAGACAUCUUUCAGCUAAUUGAGUAAUACGGGAAGUAUUUAUUCUUGUACUAUUAUACAUUUUGGUAGCUUUAUUAGUUUCAUUUGUUUUUACCAACAAAUAUUUGAGGUAUUGUCGGACUUGAUAUUUUAUCUCUGACAACCUGACUGCAGUUGAUUGUGCAGCUACCAUGUUGAGAGAUUGAGCUGUUCAUCACUCCGUCUUUUAAUAUUUUCAUGCUGAGAGGAACUAGAAUUCACCGAUUCUGUCAUGGGGAAAAGUGCAUUGUUCAUGUAUACAUAUUGUAGUUGAGCAAACUAUUUAUCAAAUGAUCAUGUCACAAGUGUGUACAGAAGUAAGUUUCAUUUGAUGUCGAUUUGUAAAUGCAUCUGUGUGUUGUAUGAAUGGAAAAGUUGCGCAUUUAGGAAUACUUUCAUUCAGAGUUGUAGUUACGAUAAUACUUGCAUCCCGUGUGAUGACUUUUUCUGUAAAACAAUAUUAUACUUAAAACAUUUAUAUUUGUCUAGUUGCUAUGAGUACCCAGUGUUGUCAUUUGUGUAGCUUUUCUAAUGUAUGUCAUUUUGAAGGGAAAAUACCAAAGGUGAUGGUAUGACUGCAUUUUCAUUGAAUUUGAAGUCAAAGUUUAAAAUUGAUACUGUUAAUGUGUUUCAGUAGUUACAUUUGUGUGAUGUUAAUUGUGUGGUAGAUUUCAUUCCCUUUUGCUUAUUUUGUAUGUUAAUUUCGGUUUCCAAAACAGAAUUGGAUUUCUUUCAGAAACCACCAAUUCUUGUGUAACUUAAAUGUAAUGCAUUUUCAUCUGAUAAAUAAAUGUCAGU